AUGUGCCCCUGCGCGCUGCACGGCGGCCCCCCCGCGCCCUGCCCCUGCAGCCCCGGCCGCGCCGCACGGCCCUCGGCCGCCGCCCGCCUGCUCGCCGCCCGCCUGCGCCGCCUGGGCGAUGAACUGGAGCAGCGGGCGGCGCGGCGCAAGGCGCGGGGCCGCGGCCCCUCGGCCGGCCGGCGCCUGGCCGCCGUGGUGUGCCUGCUGUGCGCCCUCACGCCCGCGGCCGCGCUGGCCUGGCUGAUCCGCAGGAGGAGCCUCUAGGCGAGAGGGGCGAUGGCCGGAGCGGGGAGCAGGCGGGACGCGCAACAGGCUGGAGGAAAACCCUGUGCCCUUGGAGAAAAUUGUUUCCCCUUUUCCUCCAGGGAAUCCAGAGCCUGAGCAGCAGCUGUGGAGAGUGGAGAUAAAGAAAGAAGUGGAAGAUGUUGGAAGUGCUUUGGGCAACGUGAAGAAGGAUUUGCACGGCAGGAGCUGUUGAAGGGCCCAGCAGCAAACCAGAGACACAUACAUGCUUAUAUAUAGAAGAAUGUAAACCCUCCUGUAUGCAUACGUUAAACGUGCAUGCCUUGUCGAGAACGUGAGCCGCGUUCCUUGUAGAUGAUGGUGGUCUGAGCAGGCCUGCUCCUGCAGUCUGAGUCAAAAGAGUAGUGAUGUCCUUGCUGUAACGCUGGCGUUUGCUCCGCUGCACCUGGGGUAUGGCAACAGCG